GCCACUUGUAGUCACGUCUCAAGGUUUUCAAAGAAGGCCCACAUGUUUAAGGCCCAAAGAAGAGACGUACACACCACGAUCUUUAGAGCGCGUGACAAACAUCAACCUCAACAAAACAAAAACAUGAGUCAACGCCAACAAAGCAGAUGAGGAACAACAAGUACUGAAAUCCACCCAAACAAAACCCAAAUUCGCCUGUAAAAAGCAAAAAAAAAAAAAAGAAAAACAAUGGGAGCUUUCUCAACACUUUCACCACCGAAACCAUGUCUCCCCCACAACAACAACAAUCCCCGAUUCCCAAAUCAACCCACCAAAACCCCAUCCGUCAAUUUCGCCCCCCAUCUCCCAACACCAUCAAAACCAAACCCCUUCUCCCGCCUCGCCCUAGAGUCGUCUUCGCCGCCGAACCACGCGCCGCCGCCGCUAGUGGUGGUGGGAUCCGCCAAUGCGGAUAUCUACGUCGAGAUCGACAGAUUGCCUAAAGAGGGCGAGACCAUAUCCGCCAAGAACGGGCAGACAUUGGCGGGCGGGAAGGGGGCGAACCAAGCAGUCUGCGGCGGGAAAUUAGCGUACCCGACUUACUUUCUGGGGCAGGUGGGAGAAGAUGCUCACGGGAAGCUGAUCACGGCGGCGCUGGAGGGCGGCGGGGUGUUUCUCAAUCACUUGAAUUCCGUGGCGGGUGCUCCCACCGGCCAUGCCGUUGUGAUGCUGCAGUCCGAUGGGCAGAACUCAAUUAUCAUCGUUGGAGGUGCUAACAUGUCUUGCUGGCCGGAGAAUUUGCGCCGGGAGGAUUUGGAGGUUGUGCAGAGCGCUGGGAUUGUUUUGCUUCAGAGGGAGAUUCCUGAUUCUGUUAACAUCCAGGUUGCCAAGGCUGCUCGGAGUGCCCAUGUUCCAGUAAUCUUGGAUGCCGGUGGAGUCGACGCACCAAUCCCUCGAGAGCUACUAAAUUUUAUCGAUAUAUUAAGCCCAAAUGAAACCGAACUUGCUCGUCUGACAAAUAUGCCUACAGAAACUUUUGAACAGAUUAGCCAAGCUGUCGGAAAAUGCCAUGAAUUGGGUGUUAAGCAAGUGCUUGUGAAACUAGGGGCAAAAGGGUCUAUUCUUUUCACACAAGGAGAGGAACCAAUCAGACAAUCUAUAAUAUCGGCUCCGAAAGUAAUUGACACCACAGGAGCGGGCGAUACUUUUACUGCUGCUUUUGCUGUGGCUCUUGUCGAGGGAAAAACGAAACGGGAGUGCUUGAAAUUUGCUGCUGCUGCCGCUUCGCUUUGUGUUCAAGUAAAAGGUGCAAUACCGAGCAUGCCUGAUAGAAUAUCUGUUCUGAAUCUUCUAGAGACUGUUUGAGGACUGUCCUAUUUUUCCGUCUAGGAUGUAAUAAGAGGUACUUUUACUUAUUGACUUGUCCGAUUCUUUUUAUGUUACGGACGGGUUUUGAAUUUAUAAUAAAAAAAAUCGCUCGAGAUUGUGUUGGUUAAUCUUGAUUUUAAAUCCGUGGAGUCGUUAUUUUGA